AUGGGUGAAUGUGGCCAAUUUGAUACCAAUGAGGUGCCCUUUCCUCAAAGACCCAUUGUAAUCCUCGGUGCGGGGAUUAUUGGUUGUUCGACUGCUCGACAAUUGCUACUGAACGGGUUCUCUGUGGUAUUGGUGGGUGAAUAUCUACCGGGAGACCAGAAUAUCUACUAUGCAUCGGCUUGGGCAGGAGCAGCGUGGCAUGCUGCUGGGGGUAUCACUCAUGAUCAACGGUACCUUCAAGCUGUCACACAUCGCGUACUACUCAAGAUGGCACAAGAUGGGCCUGAGGCGGGGGUGAGCAUUGUUAACGCACGAGAGUACCUGGAAGAAAAACCUGCUCCUGAUUCGGCGAUAUGGGGUAAGACGGUAGUCUCCAAGUUCCGUGAGAUGAACCCUGGUGAAUAUCCUCCCAAUUUCAACUGUGCCUGGGCCUAUGAGACGCUUGUCACAGAUCCCACAAGGCAUAUGCCUUAUCUAAGGAAACAAGUGGAGUCUCUUGGGGGCCACUUUAUCCGUCAACGUGUCGAGUCUCUCCAGGAGUUAUAUGCGAUGUUCCCCGAAUCACGGGUAUUCAUCAAUGCCAGCGGUUGGGGUAGUAAAAAUUUGACGGAUGUGCAAGAUGACAAAUGUUUUCCGGAGCGAGGGCAGAAUGUGUUUCUAGCCACCGAUCAAUGUGAUACACUCUACUUCCGAAAUGGCAAGGAAUAUACCUAUGUGAUUCCACGGCCACUAUCCAAGGGGGUGGUCCUGGGUGGGGUGAAGCAACAAGACACUCUGUCACCUGAAGUCGAUAUGGAUAUUGCUCGGGAUGAGAUUGCUCGUGCGCAUCGAUUAGCUCCUGAGAUUAUUCCAGAACACCCAUCUAUAGAUAAGGUGAGUUAUAUUAUUGGAAUUCGACCAUCUCGAAAGGGAGGAUUCCGUCUGGAUUCGGAACGAAAGGGUAAUCGAGUGAUCUUAUCGGCAUAUGGGUUUGGUGGAGGUGGUUAUGCAUUUUCAUAUGGAAUUGCUGACGCGUUGGUUAAGAUGGUGGAGACGGUGGAGCGUGAAAAUGUCAUUUUGUAG